AUUUUGUUAUUUUUUCUUAAAAGAAGAAGUUUAAAUCUUGGAAGUGCGAAUGUUGCAAUUGCUGUCAGCUCUGUAAGUAGAGAUUCUGGGUUCUGGUCCUGGGCAUAAACUCGAGUCGGAUCGUAUAUUAAUGGACACUCAACAUCUAUUCGUAUUUUCAAGGAUUGGCAUAGGGAAUUUUGUAGCCGAGUAUCCUCCAAUUCAGACAAGAGCUUUGCGCUCCUGCUUGUUUUUCAGAUGUGUAUUUAUUACCGGAAAUGUAAAACAGCAACCACGAAGAGUUAACAGCGAAUCGGAAAUAUGUAUCUUUAAGCGAGGAAGAUAUUCCAAUGGAACCAGCCAAAACACAGAUUCAGGUCCUCCAAAUCGAAAUGGCGAUACUCAGAGUACUGCCCUAAAGGAAAUUGAUGUUGCCUGUUUUACCGAUAUUGCGAGUACAUAG